AGUGAUGUGUCUUCUUUAUGAUAUACCUGUUUGGUGAGUUCAGUUAAAAGAAAACAUCUGACAAAAGAGGUAUAAAAGGUAGCCGAUAUUGAAGGGUAAGUAGUAGGCUGCACAUGCUUUUGCUUCAUGCUGUCAAGUUCUCUCAAAGGACAGGAAGUGAUGCUUCGCUGGGUCUUGUUUGCUUUGUUCCUUGGUAUCUGUGCCAGUGCCGGACAAGAGAAAAAAAGGAAAGCACAGCCUCAGUCCUUCUCAAGAGGAUGGGGGAAUAGUAUUAGUUGGGUCCAAAGUUAUGAAGAGGGCCUGUCACAGAUGGUGAAAAGUCAGAAGCCGCUGAUGGUCAUCCAUCAUAAAGUCGACUGCCCGCACAGUGAAGCCCUGAAGAAGGCAUUUGUUGCUGCAAAGUCCAUCCAGAAAAUGGCCAAAGAGGAUUUCAUCAUGCUCAACCUGUUGGAAGAGACUACAGACAAGAAUAUGGCCCCUGAUGGCUACUAUUAUCCCAGGAUCCUCUUUGUUGAUCCAUCUAAGACUGCGCGCACAGACAUUGUAGGAAAGUACAGCAACCGCAAAUACACCUACGAGCCUGGCGACAUGGCAUUCUUGGCCAAAAACAUGAAGAAAGUCAAAGCCCUGAUGCACACUGAACUCUAACAUGGCUCAAUCUGAUAUCUGUCCACCCUCCAGUCAUGCUGGGUGGUCAGCACUGACAUGUUAACAUGCUCUUCAGAGCUCAAUAAAACCAAAAUAAAUGAAUAGAAAGUAAA